AUGGAUAACCGUGGUUCUUUUUUCUUCCUUCUGUUGGUGUUCUACCUUCUUCUUAGCUCUCAGUCGCGUCCCCCACUGCCUGAGGAGGGCAGGGAACGCCAGUAUGAGCUCGACCGAGAGCAGCAUGUGCUCCAGCUAUUGAAUGAGUCAAAGUAUGGCGACUUUGAUCCACCAGCGGAUAAGUGGCUUCCAUAUUCAGGGACAAGGAAGAACGAUAGCUUUGCCUGGGACCUUUUCCCAUAUGCUCGAAGUCGUGCACGCCAUCAGUUUCAAUCUGCUCUCUCAAACGCUGGUCUUGAGCUCCCUUCUGGUCUAGAGGACAACACCUCCUCGCCUCUCAAUUUAACGGAUUUCUUCUUGCCGGCAUAUCGCAAUACAACUGGAAUUCUUCGAGGGGACUGGGUACGGAGCACAGGAAAUCCCCAGCGUCGGACCCCCCUUAAUACAUCGUCCAUCGCGCACGAGCAUGAAUACUUUACCGAGCAUUUCGGCUCUAACAUUACCGGUAGUGGCGGCACAUUCUAUUUCAAUCUAGAAGAAGUAGACGAUGGAGAGAUCCAGGUCGGCAAGGGUCUUGUACGAGAGAUCAGAGCCAGUGUAACGAUUGAAAGCGAGGACUUUUGGGGAAGCACCUGGUAUCUUUCACUAUUUGGUGUGCAUUUCCCGGAGACUGGUGGCAUCAUUCUGAGCACCUCAAGCGAAAAGUUUGGCGGAAUUUUUUCUCUGCCACACUUUGCCCUUUCUGCUGAUACCUAUGAUUUAACUCGCGGUCUUCUAAUGAAGUCUCUUGCGGACACCAUGUCAGAGAAGCGAAAUCGGCCUUCAACCAUUUUCCCAUGGCCCUCUUUGAUCGGUUCAGAACAAAUCGAGUUUCCUGCACCCAGAUGCGAGCAUGUUAUAUUUCUACAACAACAUCCAGUGAUGAUCAACGAUGCCGUUGCCGAUCGCCUAACAUUAGAGCGAAUCGAGCACGAGCUUAGAUAUCCUAUAGGAGCUCCGAUUCCAGAGCCUCCACUUACAGUCAUGUCAGCGGUGGUCUUCUCCCCUGAUUGUGGCUACAUAUUGGAGACCAAGGGGACCCCAGAGUACCCACCCUCUGACUCUCUCUACCUUUCCGGACCCAAGUAUGAGGAGUACAGUAAAUAUGCGGCUCGACUUAUAUUUGUGGUUUCUGGAGUAUUUGUUGCACAAAUCACAUUGCUUUUGCGUCAGAUAAAAGAUGCCUCAACUCCUUCCACUCGGAGUCGGAUAAGUUUCUAUACUAUUUCAUCGAUGGCGCUCGGAGACGCCCUUGUCAUUCUCUUUAUCGUUUUGAAACUCUUCGAAGCGGUCUCCUUCUUAGUACUGGCAACGGUUUCAUUCCUAUCGUUUCUCUCUGUCUGUUACAUUGGAAUGAAGUUCAUGAUGGAUAUCUGGGCAGUUCAGGAGCCAGAACGUCGUGAGGAUCCGUCUACCAAUCCCUCAGCCCCUGUUCCACGUCCAACGACACUUCCCCCUCCCGUCACUGCUACAGUCCGGGACUCUGGUGCGCCACCGAUUAUCUUGACACCCGAUCAAGACCCUCCACUUGAGGAGUUGGAAACACCACCAGCAGCACCACCUGCGAACAAUCGUGCAACUGCACCUACGCCGGGACAGGUACGCAGCGAUGUCGGUGCCAUGUAUGCUCGAUUCUAUCUUCUUUUGUUUGUACUGUUCAUCAUCUCAGCCUGGGCUUUCCUUCUACCUCGGCGACUGGGAUCGAUCUAUGCCCGUCUGUUGUCCUCGAUCUAUCUCUCAUUCUGGGUUCCACAGAUAUACCGCAACGUUAUGCGUAACUGCCGCAAAGCAUUGCGAUGGGACUUUGUCGUUGGCCAGAGUAUACUACGUUUGCUUCCAUUCAUGUACUUCCUAACGGCUCGUGGAAAUGUGUUGUUUAUUCGACCCGACUGGACAACUGCCUUCGCAAUGGCUGGAUGGAUGUGGAUUCAAGCAUGGUUGCUAGCCAGCCAGGAUAUCCUAGGUCCGCGCUUCUUUGUUCCUCGGGGCUGGGCACCACAUGCGUACGAUUAUCAUCCUACAUUUCGUGACCAGGCCGGUGCGGACGAUGACCUUGAAGCUGGAGACUCGUUGUCUAUCGCAUCGCUUCGGGCUGAUGAACGUGAUGUUGUGAGUGACAACAAAGAAGAUGGCACUAAUCGGAAGGAACGCAAGAGAGCGAUGUUCGACUGUGCCAUCUGUAUGCAAGAUAUCGAAGUCCCUGUCCUUCCCGCUCUUUCUUCUGUGAUCGGAAGUAGCGUUGCAGAAGGGGCUACGAGUAUCUUAAGUCGACGGGCCUACAUGGUAACACCUUGUCGGCAUAUCUUCCAUACUGCCUGCUUAGAGAGCUGGAUGCGAUUGCGACUUCAAUGUCCAAUUUGUCGUGACUCUAUUCCCCCUGUGUAG